UUUCCAACUGCGCGACGUCGUUUGGGUUCCUCAAUCUCACCUUCCCUCCUACGCUUUCCUCGUAUACGCAAAGAUGAAGCAUUUGUAGAGUACAAUGUGUGAGCACUGCACUUCCCAUUAGAGAAAGUAAAAAGGUGUAAGCACUGAGAUUUGAUCCAAGGAAAGAGAAGAAAGCAGCUGAAGAAAUGGAUGCAGCAGAAGAAAGAGCGGAAGAUGAGGAAGAAAUUGCGCAUGCUGACAAUGCUUGUUCCGAUGAUUCGCUGGAAGAAGAAGGAGGAGAAGACGAAGAGGAAGAAAACGAGAAGUUGUGUUCUGAGG